AUGGCUUCUUUACCACUCGAGCUUUCCAACAAUUACCUGCUUGAUAAUCUCAAGCAAGACAUCGAAAGCCUACUGAGUCAUGUCAAAUCCGCCUCUUGGGAGUUUCUCGUGUUGGUCACCAUUAUACUCUGGGCGGGCAUCCAACGAAGACUCCUCGUGCAUUUGACGGCAACAUUGUCCAGAAGAAGAUGGAACGAUGUGACCCGUGGAUACGAGGACCCAACCAUCUGGUAUUCGGAGCAUGACUACCGUCCAUCGGAGAGAGGCCGCGAAGAUUCAGAGUACCUCCACUGUAUCCUGCUGUAUGUGAGCAUGUACAUCGGCUUUUUUGAUGCCGCCGGUGUACCCGCCAAGACGCUCUUGACCGGAUUAGCCAUCAGCUCUGUUCCGCUCUUUCUACCCUUUCGAUUCUACCUCGAGUGGCCUCUGGUAUCGAAGACUCUUCUCAUGUGGUGGGCAAAAGUCACCCUUGCAGAAACCGUUUCAUGGACGGGAAACGCCCUUUCCUUGGCUUUCUCAAUCUCGAGCAUGUGCCAAUUCCUGGAAGACUUUGCCCAACUCUCAGCACGAAGGCUUGAGGCCCCAGAACAGCCGCACCCUAACAUUCUGGCGGCCACUUGGAAGCUAUCGUUCCCAAAGCUGAAGGACACUCUGCCCAGGGUGUGGAGAGACUGGUUCUUGGAAAGUGUCUUGAAUUAA